GUGACCUUGCGCCGAGGUUGAUGCGCAUGCGCGGUGAUUCGCUGGCUGCCCCACGUGUGUAUCAGUGAGAGGAGAUCGGUGCUGUGACUGUCCGCUCCCCCGGUAGAUUAUGUCUUGGUUAUUCGGCUAUAACAAGGGGCAGGGGGCGCCGCCAGAUGUGCCAGGCUUGCCGGUGCCCCCUCCGCCUCCUGGAGGGAGUGGAGAUGGGGGAGACAAGAACAAGCCCAAGGACAAAUGGAGCAACUUCGACCCCACCGGCCUUGAGAGGGCAGCCAAAGCCGCCAGGGACCUUGACCAGUCCAAACAUGCCAAAGAAGCCCUCGGCCUGGCAAAGCUGCAAGAAGAGACCCUGCAAAUGGAGCAGCAAUCUAAAGUUAAGGAAUACGAAGCCGCCGUAGAACAGCUGAAAAAUGAGCAGAUUCGAGUGCAAGCCGACGAGCGCAGGAAAACCUUAAAUGAGGAGACAAAGCAACACCAAGCGAGAGCCCAGUAUCAAGACAAAUUAGCAAGACAGCGGUACGAAGAGCAGUUACGACAGCAGCAAUUGAUGAAUGAAGAGAAUCUGCGAAAACAAGAGGAGUCCGUCCACAAACAGGAGGCCAUGCGCAAAGCCACAAUCGAGCAUGAGAUGGAGUUACGGCACAAGAAUGAAAUGCUGCGGAUAGAGGCAGAGGCGCGGGCACGAGCCAAGGUGGAGCGGGAAAACGCUGACAUUAUCCGGGAGCAGAUCCGUCUGAAAGCUGCCGAGCAUCGGCAAACUGUUCUGGAGUCUAUCAAGACGGCAGGGACCGUGUUUGGAGAAGGUUUCCGGACCUUUGUAUCAGACUGGGACAAAGUGACCGCUGCUGCAGCCGGGUUGACUCUUCUUGCAUUAGGUGUUUACUCUGCCAAGAACGCCACUGGUGUAGCCGGUCGGUACAUUGAAGCACGCCUUGGAAAGCCAUCGCUGGUUAGAGACACCUCCCGUAUUACAGUAUUGGAGGCAGCCAAGCAUCCAAUAAAGGUCACCAAACGCCUUUUCAGCAAAGCUCAGGAUGCCUUAGAAGGAGUCGUUCUUAGUCCAAAACUGGAAGAAAGAGUCCGAGAUAUUGCGAUUUCUACAAGGAACACAAAGCAGAACAAAGGUCUCUACAGGAAUAUUUUAAUGUAUGGUCCUCCAGGAACAGGAAAGACACUCUUUGCCAAGAAAUUAGCCGUGCAUUCUGGGAUGGAUUAUGCCAUCAUGACUGGUGGUGAUGUCGCCCCCAUGGGGCGUGAUGGAGUUACUGCAAUGCAUAAAGUUUUUGACUGGGCGAACACCAGCAAGAGAGGCCUCUUGCUGUUUGUGGAUGAAGCUGACGCUUUCUUGAGGAAGAGGUCCACGGAGAAAAUCAGUGAAGACCUGAGAGCGACGCUAAAUGCUUUUCUCUACAGGACCGGGGAGCAGAGUAACAAAUUCAUGUUGGUGCUGGCCAGUAACCAGCCAGAACAGUUUGACUGGGCCAUCAAUGAUCGGAUAGAUGAGAUUGUCAACUUUGCUCUUCCGGGACUGGAGGAGAGAGAGCGCCUGGUCCGUCUCUACUUUGACAAAUAUGUCCUGCAGCCUGCAACCGAGGGGAAGCAGAGGCUGAAAAUUGCACAGUUUGACUACGGCAAGAAGUGCUCGGAGCUGGCGAAAUUUACCGAAGGCAUGUCUGGCCGAGAGAUCUCCAAGCUGGGUGUUGCCUGGCAGGCUGCAGCAUAUGCCUCAGAAGAUGGUGUUUUGACAGAAGCCAUGAUUGAUGCCCGCGUGGCCGAUGCUAUCCGGCAGCACCAACAGAAGAUGGAAUGGCUGAAAGCAGAGGGCAAGGAAGAGGGGAAGGAGCCUGGAAGAAACCCUCUCAUUCCUCAUUUGGAGGGGACACCUGUAUGAAAGGUCUAGGUGGCCACUCAAGGGCCUCAGCUUCGUGACACACGAGAUUUGCCUAUCACUGCACAUAGCCUAUAUCUGCGAGGACAAAGUGGAGCAAUGGCCGCCUCCUAGUCCAGGAGGUUACAGUCCGGCAGAGGCUACAGUUCUUCCAUUCAGGAAACCGCCAUAUCAUCUUCACCAUUCAUUCCCUAAUGAACUUGUCUUUAUAAUUUUUUUACUUGUUUUAGGGUACCCAUAAUUAUUAAUGUCUAAAAAUGUCCGACGAUCAUUUUAAACCUGAGUGAAGCUGCUGCAGAAAAGUGAUCUCUUGGUGAAUGUAGAGAAUAUGUCAUUGUUACAUGCGUAUAUAUAUAAAGAUGAUGAACUCGG